AUGAAGUCCUUCACCUUCGCGUCUGCCGUCCUCUUCGCAGCAGCAGCCCUCACCGGCACCUCUGCCCUCCCCCUCGCGAACCCACAGACCGAACCCGCCUGCUCCACAUACACCGUCACAGUCACCACCACAAUCACCCCCACCACCACCCCCACCGUCUCCCCCACCCCUCUCGAAACCUCCCCUCCCCUCCCCCUCGGCGACUACCAACAACCCAUGAACCUCGACAACACCACCACCCUCCUCUCCGCCUCCCUCGUCAUGGGCGUCGACGAAACCCGCCCCGACACCCCCCUCCCGCGCUACAAGCAGAUGGGGCCAAACGUCUACAUCUCCAUCCCAUUCACGGCUGCGCACGCCGGCCGCCAGUGCCGCUUCCACUUCGCCUUCUCCGCGCUCGCCGACGGCGGGAACGGCAAGGGCGCCGAGGAGAUCUAUGCGCUCAAGUCCGGCAGCGUCGUCGACGAGACGCUCACGUUCAAUAAGCAGCCCGCGCUGGAGGAUGCGCCGGUGGCGAGCUUUUGGAUGAACGAUGCGAUGGGGGCGGGGAGUCCGCCCUUGGAGAUGUAUAGGGCGGAGAAGAGGGCCGACUUUGUGUGUCCGGGGGUGCCGACGGGGUAUGCGGUGAGGGGGAGGGAUGGGGCCGUGGCGAAUUGGAGUUGGAAUAAGGGUGCUGUUGUGGAGGUGUUGGGGGAGAGCGGGUGGUGGGAUGAUGGUAAGGGGGGGUUGUAUUAG